CAUUAAUAAAAUGACCGCAUCAUAACAGAGUACGUUAUAUACGAAUGAGACACCAAUAAUAACAAACAGAUUGAUUAUGUCAUCAAAAAAAGGUUACUCCCAGUCGGGGGGCUAUAGAAGAGACGGCGGCGGCGGUGGAGGCCGUGGCGGAGGCGAUAAAUGUUUCAAUUGCAACAAAACGGAAACCCCUUAUAUACCCGAUGAGAGGCCGAGCAGAGCGAGCGCACAGUUUGUCCGCCGCCCCGACACCGGCACUAAAGGCAUGCGAAUUGAAUUAAUUGCAAACCAUUUCCGGCUAUUGAUUAAAGAUAUAGUGGUAAACCACUAUCACGUGGAGUUUGAAUGCGGCGCCCGAACACUGGGUCAGGCGGUCGCGUCCGGUGGAGGCGAUGCCGGAGCCGAUCGCGAGUCCAAGAAUAAAGUUCGCAAAUUGCGGCAAAAGGAAAAUCGGCAGGUGUUCCGGGAGUUUAUGUCUAAUCAGCCGCAGCUGUUCCGCGACCCGCAAACUGGCGACCAAUUGCUGCCCGUAUUUGAUGGCAACUCUAACUUCUACACCAAAGGCCGUCUGUCUCAGGACGAGAACACCUGUACUAUUCAAGUGGCGAUCGACGGCUCCAAUCCGGUCAACGUUAAAGUGACCAUCAAAUUCACGCAACCUAUAGAUUUGAGCUCUAUUAACCUCUACUAUGACGGCCAGUCUGAUACAGUGCCCCGCGAAGCCAUGCAAGCACUCGAUAUUAUCUUG